GGGAAAUGCAAUUGAACUGACGCCCAAGUCGCUGCCCAUCUAUUCACUACAACAUGCCUUUCGUUUUCAAACGUCGAGCUAGGGCUGCGAAGCUACCUCCAAUAGAUGACAGCGGCAAUGCUUUUGGAAGUGACGUCGUCUCAACAAGCGACACAGGUGCCAAAACACCCAUAUCCGCUGGCUUCUUCCGCAUUGAAAAGGGAAAGCCAUGUGUAUUUACGUAUGAAUUCGACGAAGCAAAGUUUUUCGCCGAAGGGGAGUGCGUCGUCGAAGACGAAACUGGAAGGAAGGUGACGGCGAGGGCAGGCGACGUGAUGCUGUUUGUCAAAGGAUCAACAAUUUCUUUCUCAACGGAAACCUAUGCUCUAGCUUUUUAUUGCGAUCAGAGAGCUAAGCUGUGAGCUAUGGUGGCGAAAUAGCAAGCUAGAGGCAAUGUUUACAGG